UUCCCCYCCGGUUCCCGGGACCGGCGGCGGAGUGGCAGAGAUGGAGUCCCAGGACAUCAAAGAGCUGCAGCAGGAGGUGAUGGAGGAGUUGGGAAUCUCCAUGGAGGAGCUGCAGGAAAUCAUCGACAAAGAGGUGGAGAAUUCCGAGUGGAUGAGGCAGCAGAAGCAGCAGCUGGAGGAGCUGGUGCAGUGCAUGAUACACAAGGAGGAGGAGGUGGCUCACGUUGACCAUCUCAUCGACGAUGCCAUGAGGGCCAUCAACAAUUGUGAGACCCUGGCCAAGGAGCUGUACUCCAUGAUGGGCCUGCAGUACCGGGACAGCAGCUCUGAGGAUGAGGCACCGGCGGCCACCGAAGUGAUCGAGAUCCCCGACGAGGAGGACGACGAUGUCAUGAGCGUGGACUCGGGCUGGAAGGGCAGCAGCAGCAGUGCCARAAUCUCCAAGGAUCAGAGUCUGCUGCGGGAAGCGAUGGUUGCCAUGAGGAAAUCUGCCCGUGAUGUUGCGAAAUUCAUGGAUGCUGUGAACAAGAAAACGAACCUGCAGGAGGCACAGAAAGAUGCACAGCCCCCUCAGGAAUCUCCUGGCACUGCCCAGCCUGUCCCUGUCCCUGCAGCCCCUGCAGAGAAUGACCUCAACACUGAUGGGGAUCUCAAAGUGGGCAUGAGGAUUUUGGGGAAAAAAAGAACCAAAACGUGGCACAAAGGGACGYUGAUUGCCAUCCAGACGGUCGGUACUGGCAAGAAAUACAAAGUGAAAUUUGAUAAUAAAGGGAAGAGUUUGCUGUCGGGGAACCACAUUGCCUAUGAUUACCACCCCGCUGCUGAGAAGCACCACGUGGGCAGGAGGGUGGUGGCCAGGUACAAGGAUGGCAAUCAGAUGUGGCUCUAUGCUGGGAUCGUGGCUGAGACCCCCAACGUCAAGAAUAAAGASAGGUUCCUGAUCUUCUUUGACGAUGGCUACGCGUCGUACGUGAAGGAGUGGGAGCUGUACCCGGUGUGCCGGCCAUUGAAAAAAGCUUGGGAGGACAUUGAGGAUGUUUCCUGUCGGGAUUUCAUUGAGGAAUACAUCACUGCCUACCCCAACCGGCCCAUGGUGCUGCUGAAGAACGGGCAGCCGAUCAAAACYGAGUGGGAAGGGACCUGGUGGAAGUCCAGGGUGGAAGAAGUGGAUGGAAGUCUGGUCAAAAUCCUUUUCCUGGAAGCUCUUCCCACGGGAACURUGAGUGUUUCCUUCUCGUUCCCGCAGGAAGACAAACGUUGUGARUGGAUUUACCGAGGUUCCACACGCCUCGAGCCCAUGUUCAGCAUGAAAACUUCCACAGCUUCCACCCAGGAAAAGAAGCAAAGUGGGCAAACCAGAACUCGUCCCAAUGUUGGUGCUGUGAGGAGCAAGGGCCCUGUGGUCCAGUACACCCAGGAUUUGGCAGGGACUGGUCCCCAGUACAAGGCUCCGGAGCAGCUGCCGGCUGCACGUCCYGCCUCUCCUCAGCCUGUGGAGAUGGAAUGCUCUGACAACCAGCUGGCCCAGGGCAGRAAGCAGGUGGCCAAGAAAAGCACUUCCUUCCGUCCUGGCUCGGUGGGCUCGGGGCACUCGUCCCCAUCGUCCCCUGUCCUCAGUGAUGCCCUGGCAGCGGGGAGAGCCCUCCCGGCCCCGCAGCACCGCGCUCCGAGCAGCAGCGCCACCCCGCAGCCCUUCCACGGGAUGAUGGACCGCGUUCCCAACGAGCCGUCCUACCGGGCCCCUCUGGAGAAGCUCUUCUACCUGCCCCACGUGUGCAGCUACACGUGCCUGGCGCGGGUGCGGCCCCUGCGCAGCGAUCAGUACCGCAGCCGCAACCCGCUGCUCAUCCCGCUGCUCUACGACUUCCGCCGCAUGACGGCGCGGCGCCGCGUCAACCGCAAGAUGGGAUUCCAUGUCCUGUACAAAACCCCCUGCGGGCUCUGCCUGCGCUCCAUGCACGAGAUCGAGCGCUACCUCUUCGAGACCGACUGCGACUUCCUGUUCCUGGAGAUGUUCUGCCUGGACCCCUACGUGCUGGUGGACCGCAAGUUCCAGCCCUACAAACCCUACUACUACAUCGCCGACAUCACCAAGGGCAAGGAGGACGUGCCCCUGUCSUGCGUCAACGAGAUCGACAGCACGCCGCCGCCGCAGGUGGCCUACAGCAAGGAGAGGAUCCCUGGCAAGGGGGUGUACAUCAACACCAGCCUGGAGUUCCUCGUGGGCUGCGACUGCAAGGACGGCUGCAGAGACAAAUCCAGGUGUGCCUGUCACCAGCUGACCAUCCAGGCCAGCAGCUGCACCCCUGGAGGGCAAAUCAACCCCAACGCGGGCUACCAGCACAAGCGGCUGGAGGAAUGUCUGCCAACGGGCGUUUACGAGUGCAACAAGAGGUGCAAGUGCAACGUGAACAUGUGCACCAACCGCCUGGUGCAGCACGGCCUCCAGGUGCGCCUGCAGCUCUUCAAGACCCAGAACAAGGGCUGGGGCAUUCGCUGCCUCGAUGACAUCGCCAAGGGCUCCUUCGUCUGCAUCUAUGCAGGGAAAAUCCUCACGGAUGACUUUGCUGACAAAGAGGGGCUGGAGAUGGGUGACGAGUACUUUGCCAACCUGGACCACAUUGAGAGCGUGGAGAACUUCAAGGAGGGCUACGAGAGCGAUGCCAAGUGCUCCUCGGACAACAGCGGCGUGGACCUCAAGGACGACGAYGACGACGACAACACGGGCACGGAGGAGCUGGAGGAAUCCAACGAGGACAGCUCUGAUGACAACUUCUGCAAGGACGAGAGCUUCAGCACGAACUCGGUGCUGCGCAGCUACGCCACGCGCCGCCAGACGCGCGGCCAGCGCGACCAGCGCGACCACGGCCUCUCGGAGACGGCCUCCAAGGACUCGGGGCUGACGCGGCCCCUGGGCCACGAGGAGCCCGCGGCACCCCGGCCCUGCAAGCUGCCCGUGUCCGAGGAGACCUCCAAGAACAAAGUGGCCUCGUGGCUGAGCUCCAACAGCAUGGCUGAGAGCUUCCAGGACACUGACAGCACCUCGUCCUUCAGGGUGGGCGAAGGGGGAGAAGCCAAGGCUGUGAAAAUGGAGAUCCCUGCGGAGAGGGAGAAGGGCUGUGCUUCCACCCCGGGAGAGGAUCUGAAUGGAGAGGCAAAGGCAGCCAAGAAGGAGGAAUCGGAAGAAUCAACCAGAAUUCCCAGGCUGAGCAGCCUGGGCAGGAGGUACGGCUACAACCCCUGCCCGCCCAAGCUGGAGGGGAUCCGGCGGCCCAUGAGCGGGAUGGCGCUGCUGCAGAGCCGCCGGCGCUCGCUGACCCUGCCGCCCUCCGAUGAUGUGCUGACGCUGUCGAGCAGCACCGACAGCGACGGGGAGAACGGGAGGGCCCUGGCRGGGCAGGCCCCGGGCACUGCCAACGACAGUGAUGACAUCCAGACCAUUUCCUCGGGAUCYGAGGAGGAGGAGGACAAGAAAAAUCCAUCACCUGGGUCAGGUCCCGUCAAGAGACAGGUGGCUGUGAAAUCCACCCGAGGCUUUGCCCUGAAAUCCACCUACGGCAUCGCCAUCAAAUCCACGCCCCUGGCAGCAGCCGACAAGGGCGAGAGCGCGGGGCCCGUGCGCCGCAGCACGCGCCAGUUCUACGACGGAGAGGAGAAUUGUUACAUCAUCGACGCCAAGCUCGAGGGCAACCUGGGCCGCUACCUCAACCACAGCUGCACCCCAAACCUCUUCGUGCAGAACGUUUAUGUGGACACCCAYGACCUGCGCUUCCCCUGGGUCGCCUUCUUCGCCAGCAAGCGGAUCCGAGCUGGCACGGAGCUGACCUGGGAUUACAACUACGAGGUUGGCAGCGUGGAGGGCAAAGAGCUGCUGUGCUGCUGCGGGGCCAUCGACUGCCGGGGCCGGCUGCUCUGAGCAUCCCUGCUCCCCGUGGAUCCCCUUUCCACAGCCCUGGUGCUCGCUUUCCCUCAGUGAGGGUAAAGUUUUGUCUCAAGAGGAUCUCAGUUCUCCCAUUCACCUGGAAAAUCACAGAUGGACACGGAGCAGGAGUGGACUCUGGCUGUGCUGGGGUGAUUCCCAACCUCGGGGCUUCUCCCACCUUCCAGAGGCUCCAGUGAUCCCUCAASAAAUGAGCUGUUCCUGCUCUCUUCCAGCUUUCCACCCAAUUUAAGGCACAAACCUCCUCCUUCCAGCAGCAAACACUUCCCCAGUAUUCCCAGGAAGUGCUUCCUGGUUGGGACUGAGGCCUUCAAAGUGGAAGGGAGGAUGGUGGAAAGAAUCCCUGGAAGACUGGACCAAUCUGGACUUGAAGAAUUUAAGUGAAAAAAGAAAAAUAAGUAUCUGUCUUCAUCUGUGAGCUGUUGUCAAGAAUCYGUUAGUUGCUAAAAAGCAAUAAAGUGGGUUUUUUUUUU